AUGUAUAAAAACCCCCACGGUUUGGGCUGAUCACAGCGUUCAACUUCAACCAAACAAUCAACAGGCAAAAUGAGUCUCACUGCUAAGGACAAGGCCGCAGUCAAGGCCUUCUGGGGUAAAGUGUCUGGCAAGGCGGAGGACAUCGGCACCGAUGCUCUGUCCAGGAUGCUGGUGGUGUACCCGCAGACCAAGACUUACUUCUCCCACUGGAAGGACUUGAGCCCCGGCUCUGCCCCAGUGAGGAAGCACGGUAAGACUGUGAUGUCUGGAGUUGCAGAUGCUGUGUCCAAAAUCGACGACCUGAAUGCUGGUCUCCUGAACCUCAGUGAGCUGCAUGCCUUCACUCUGCGAGUGGAUCCUGCCAACUUCAAGAUUCUGGCUCACAACAUCCUUGUGGUCCUGUCCAUCAUGUUCCCCGAAGACUUCUCCCCUGAGGUCCAUGUGGCUAUGGACAAGUUCCUGGCUGCCCUGGCUCGUGCCUUGUCUGAGAAAUACCGAUAAACUGCAGGAGCAGGAGCAGAUGAUGCACAGCAGCAUGGGCUUGGAUGCACUCUGUCAGUCUGAAUAUCAAUAAAAGAUCAAAUGCAAUUAAA